CAUCGUGUUUUCCAGUCACAGAGAAGAAAGUUAAAGGAAAAAAAAGAAAAGUGUUGAAGUUGUUUUUUGAGAGAGGCGAAAACUCCCGAGGAGCCGAAGGGAGAAAUGGAGCAGCUGGUGAAACUCCUCCUGUGGCAGAUUCUGCUUCAGCAAAGUUCUGUGGGCUCAUAUUCAGUCCCAGCUGACGCCUCCAACCCCUCCAGCAGCGUGGUGGUGUCGGUGCUGAACAUCAGUGCGGCCCUGGGCUCGCAGGCCGUGCUGCCCUGCAAGAGCCACCGCAUGGUGUGGACCCAGGACCGCCUGAACGACCGGCAGCGCGUGGUGCACUGGGACCUGCUCAGCUCCUACUUUGGGGACGGCAGGAUGGAGAGGCUCUGCGACAUGUACUCGGCUGGGGACCAGCGUGUCUACAGCUCCUACAACCAGGGCAGGAUCCUCAUGCCGGAGAAUGCCUUUGCAGAUGGGAAUUUCUCGCUGGUGAUCAAAGGUGUGGCAGAGAGUGAUGCAGGCACCUAUUCCUGCAACCUUCACCACCACUACUGCCACUUGUACGAGACUGUGAAAGUCCAGCUGGUCAUCGCCAAGAGAGACGAGGAGCCCAGCGACUACUGGGACGGCGAGAAGCCGGUGCUGGUGGCCCCGGAGGGCAGCACGGUGACGCUGCCGUGCGUGAACCGCCAGCACAUCUGGACGGAGCGGCACAGCGAGGAGGAGCAGCAGGUGGUGCACUGGGACCGGCAGCCCCCGGGCGUGCCCCAGGACCGCGCCGACCGCCUGGUGGAUCUGUACGCGUCCGGCGAGCGCCGCUCCUACGGGCCCCAGUUCCUGAGGCAGAAGAUGAACGUGAGCCGCGGAGCCUUCGGCCUCGGGGACUUCUCGCUGCGCAUCUCGCGCCUGGAGAGCGCCGACGAGGGCACCUACUCGUGCCACCUGCACCACCACUACUGCGGGCUGCACGAGCGCAGGAUCUACCACCUGGCCGUCACCGAGCCGCAGAGGGACAGCAGGGUGGUCAACAUCACGGUGCCCGCCGCAGAUCCCAACGUGGUCAGGGGCCACAAUGUCAUCAAUGUCAUCAUCCCCGAGGGCAGGAUGCACUUCUUCCAGCAGCUGGGCUACGUCCUGGCCACCCUGCUGCUCUUCCUCGUCCUCCUCAUCAUCGUGGCGCUCGUCACCCGCAGGCGCCGGCACAGAGGUUAUGAGUACAACGUGAAGAAAUACGGAGAGAAGGAUGUGAACCUUAAAGAAUUUACAGUGGACACAACAGAUCUGACCCCACACAAAAGUGAAGACAUCAGGCUGGAUUACAAAAACAACAUCCUGAAGGAGAAGGCUGAGCAAGCCAGAAGCUGCCCAGCAAAGAACAUUGAUUUAGACAAAGAUUUCAGGAAGGAAUAUUGUAAAUGAAGACGCUCCCAAGCUGCUGGCUGGACCAGAAGCUUCCAUCCAAGAUAGAUAACGUGGAAAAGAGAUGGUUUUUCUUAAUUCCAUCUUUAAUUCCAUCUCCCUCCAGCUCCCACAGAACUUUUUCCACAUCCACUUUUUUUCUUUUUUCUCCCCCCACACAAGGGUGCAAAUGCUUCAUGGAAGAGUUAAACUGCCUUGUGUGCAUUUAUGGGGUUGGGUUGCCUUUUCUCCUUCCUCUGCUCUCCCAACCCUCCCUCCUUCCCCUUUCUUUCUUAACAAUUACUGUUGGAUUUUAUGCAUCAAAUUAUUUUUAUGAGCUGAAUCAGCAGAGGUUUUGCUUUGACGUUUCAAUGACACAAACCCUACAGCAUUUCCAUACUGUAGGAAAUUCCAUUUAUAAGAAUCACUACAUCACCAU